CCUCCCGCGGCGACCCGGACUGGCGACUGGGUGUGGGAGUUCGCGUGCAGUGCCCUGUAGCCUCGGCGCCCAUGUGUGUCAUCUGCUUCGUGAAGGCGUUGGUGCACGUGUUCAAGAUCUACCUGACCUCCAACUACACCUACAAUUUCCGCGGCUGGCCGGUGGACUUCCGCUGGGAUGACGUGCGCGCCACUGGCGGGGGCGGCAGCGGGCACCGUGCGUUGACGUGCGCGGCAGCUGCAGCGGGCGUAUGGCUGCUGCAGGGCGCGGCGUUGGGCGAGGACGCGCCUGGGCGGCCGCCGCGCGCUGCGCGCAGCCAGGCGCAGUGCUUCCUGCAGCAGAUCCGCGAGCUGCCCGGCCAACUCGCCAGUUACGUGCUGGCUCACUCGCUGGGCCGCUGGCUGGUGUACCCCGGCUCCAUGUCCCUGAUGACGCGUGCGUUGCUGCCGCUGCUGCAGCAGGGCCAGGCGCGACUCGUGGAGCGCUACCAAGGCCGGCGCGCCAAGCUGGUGGCCUGUGAUGGCAACGAGAUCGACACCAUGUUCAUGGACCGUCGCCAGAACCCGGGCAGCCACGGCCGCGGCCUGCGCCUCGUCAUCUGCUGCGAAGGCAACGCCGGCUUCUACGAGAUGGGCUGCCUGUCGGCGCCGCUCGAGGCGGGCUACUCGGUGCUGGGCUGGAACCACCCCGGCUUCGGGGGCAGCACAGGCGCGCCGUUCCCGCAGCACGACGCCAACGCCAUGGACGUGGUGGUCAAGUACGCGCUGCACCGCCUGCACUUCACGCCCGCGCACGUGGUGGUCUACGGCUGGUCCGUUGGCGGCUUCACGGCCACCUGGGCCACCAUGACGUACCCAGAGCUGGGCGCGCUGGUGCUCGACGCCACCUUUGACGACCUGGUGCCGUUGGCGCUAAAGGUCAUGCCUCACAGCUGGAAGGGGCUGGUGGUGCGCACCGUGCGCGAGCACUUCAACCUCAACGUGGCCGAACAGCUGUGCCGCUACCCGGGGCCAGUGCUGCUCCUCCGGCGCACGCAGGACGACGUGGUCAGCACCUCGGGCUUCCUGCGCCCCCUGCCGCCCGGCGACGUGGAGGGCAACCGCGGCAACGAGCUCCUGCUGCGUCUGCUGCAGCACCGUUACCCAGCCGUGAUGGCGCGCGAGGGCCGAGCAGUCGUGGUACGCUGGCUGCGCGUCAGCAGCCUGGCGCAGGAGGCCGCCUUCUACGCACGCUACCGCGUGGACGACGAGUGGUGCCUGGAGCUGCUGCGCUCCUAUCGCGCGCGCUGCGAGGAGCAGCUGGAGAGUGAGGAGACCUGGGGGCCGCACGGGCUCGCCUUUCCCUGGCUAGUGGGCCAGGGCCUGAGCACGCGGCGACGCCGGCAGCUCGCGCUGUUCCUGGCUCGCAAGCACCUCAAGAACUUGGAGGCCACUCACUGCAGCCCGCUGGAGCCGCAAGACUUCGAGCUGCCCUGGGCGCCAUAG